ACUGACUGACUGACUGACUGACUGACUGACUGACUGACUGACUGACUGACUGACUGUCUAACUGACUGACUGUGUGUGUGUGUGGUCAGUCCGUUGGUCUGACAAUGUUUGUCUGACCGGUUUGUGUGUGUCCUAGUGUGUGUGCGUAUGUGUGACUAACUGAGUGUGAGUUGUUUGUUUCAAAGGAUCUGCCAUAUACUUAACCCCAAUACAAGAUGCAGACGAGUGGGCGAGGGGGAGUUGCGUGAUACCAUGGUGUCCUGGUUGUUUUGCGUGUUGUGACCAGGGGGGAGGAGGGUGAGGGGUCUGAGGGCUGAGGGGAGAUGGACAAAGCGUCUCGACAGAUUAAACCAGAUUUGCCCCAGCAUCCCGCUGGGCGUUUGUUCCGCGCAGUUCUCAGCCUCAUGUGGCCCUGAGAGGUUUCUUUCAAGUUAUUUUUUUCCUGUUGAAAAAGAAAAAAAAAGCCAGUAGAAAUCAUGUCCUUGUUUGUCUCUUAAAUUGCUCCAAACAACAUGUCCCCCUGAUUAGUCUCCUCUCACUAGAGCCCACUUGUGCAUCUGAAUGGCUGCUUCACUGCAUUUUGUUUAGAGCUGUCCAUGCUCGCUGUUCCUCACCCCAGGACAACUCUUUACUCAGACACGUCGAUCGUUUACACAUUAAUCAAGCAUUUUACAAGGCUAAGAAGACGUGAGGAGAUAACUUACCAUACGAUAUUAGCACUUUUUUAAAAGAUGGACAGCCGACAGAUUGGGAAAAAACGACCUACAUUUAGAGGAUUUAUUUGUUACUCGUUCUUAAUCCUGAAUUUAAUUAAAAAGAUGAUACUGUAAUUCUUGUUCCAGUUCCAGUGAUCACCGGUACCCAUGUUGAAAGGAUUCAUAUAUCAUUAAUUUGUUCCCCAGCAGCCAUUAGUGAAAUUAAAUGUUAAAAUAAAUACAUGAACUGCAAAUGUAAUACAUCAGUACCUCAGAACUGGAAACAAGUACUUUAAUCAAAUCAAAGCUGGACCUGUAAGACUAAUCUUGUGCGUCCAACCUCAACAACAUAAGCAUAAUAUUCAAAUCCUAUAUCUAUCUAUCUAUCUAUCUAUCUAUCUAUCUAUCUAUCUAUAUCUAUUUUCAAUCUAUCUAUCUACUUUCCAAUAUCCAUCUAUCUAUAGAUCUACCUACUAUCCAGCCAUUCAUCUAUAUACUAUCUAUCCAUCUUGUCUCUCUCCCUCCCUCCCUAUAUUUCCUUUAUAACAUUCAGAUGGGGGCUUUUGUGUGAGCAUGAAAACCAAUCCGAAAGUGUGUCAACCCUUCCUUAUUAACACGUCACAAUCCUGUCAGACCGGCCUUCAGGUCUAGCCUAUUUCCCAAAGUAGAGGCUAAACAGAGCUCACGGUUGAAAGGUUGAGACACGUGGAGUUUGUGUCUUUCCCUUCCUUGUGAGGGAACCUUUAUGAAGAGAUGAUAGGAGGAGGAAAAGUUGAUGAAGUCCCACUCCUCUGUCUGCUUCCAAUGGGCUUCCGAGGGAGGGAGUGUGGUGGAGCUCAGGUCUGAGUCUCUGUUUGCGUAAUCCCUUGUAAUUCUCUCUGUGGGUACCGUCUUCAUUGUUCGACUUGUCUUUGAUGAAUGAGAUAGGGGGCUGCUGUCUGCGUACCCAUGGCACACACAGGCCAUACGACGGGAGUACACUUGGAUUCACGGGAGGGGAAAUUAACAUUAUUUACAUGGAUACAAGCUGUUGAUCAUGUUUGAUUAAUUGGACAUUUGUUUUAGUCUGCAUGACCAUCUGUGAUUUUGUAUGCGUGCAUGAGUGUGUUUUUGAGAGAGAGAAAGCGAGUUUGAUCUUUAUUUGUAUGAGACGAGUCAUACGCAUAGAUGGAUGGUAAAGCGAUUUAUUUCCAGAUGAACCGUAAUUAGAAGUGUAUGGAAAGUGAGGCUGAGCAGAGCAAGCUUUCACCGGCUGCAGAUGGGGAGCGCGUGUGCUGCGUGUUGGAGGAGGGGCCAAAGUUUCCACACUUGGAGGCGGUGAACCUCAGUCAUGUGUAGUAAAAAAGGAUGGCAGUAUUCGAAUGGGGACGUGACGGACAUCUCGGAUUGUAACGUUAUACUGUGUGAUACGUUUAGCGAGGAUACCAGUUACUCUUCUCUUCAUCCUAAACGAAUUCGAGUCAUGCUGGACUGAGGUGAAUGUGAACGGAAAAUCCGUUUCCAGUGAACGAUCCUGACUGACGGCCGUAAUUGCUGCAUGGAAGCCGGUCUGGCUUGGAUAUCUCCGAGGGCUACAAGUGAAAAAAGAAGCCCAUCUUUAAAUCCAUAAAAGGACACUCGUCCCUAUUUCAAGAGUCAAUGAACAGUGUCUAAGCACCGGCGUUGGGAGGACAAGAACCGGCCGAGCACCCCCUCUGUUAAGAGGAAAACGUUCCUUGAUUUUGGGAAAGGACGAGUGGUAGAAGCCAGGGAAGCCCAGUUUUCUGCAUGUCUGUGUGUUAAGGUCACAUGACCAUGUGGAGACUGGGGCGGACUGUGUGCUGCCUUGGAGCUGCUACAGUGCUAUUCGCUAGCCUCCUGCAGACCGCCAUGUCCACGCAGGACGACGCCACGCCCAGAAUCAGUUUCCUCUACAAUGCGAAGGAGAGAUCUGCCAAGAGAUUCUCUGUGGACGGUGUCUCGAACUACACCUCUCUGCUGCUCAGCAAGGAGGACGACAUGCUCUAUGUCGGAGCCAGGGAAGCUCUGUUUGCCCUCAGCCUCUCAGAUAUCAGCAAGGACAAGCUGCAGAAAAACAUGACAUGGGGCACUCCUGUCGGAAAAAGGGAGGAAUGCAGCUUUAAGGGCAAGAACCUGGAGACCGAUUGCUUCAAUUACAUCAAGAUUCUGCUGCGACUGAACAGCACACACCUCUAUGUGUGUGGAACCUACGCCUUCAGUCCCAUCUGUGCCUACAUAAACACAUCUACGUUCUCCCUGGAGAGAGACGACUCUGGCGAGGUUCUGAUGGAGGACGGACGCAGCCGCUGCCCCUUCAACCCAGAAUACAAAUCCACCGCCAUCAUAGUGGAUGGAGAACUUUAUGCAGGUACCGUGAGCAACUUCCAGGGAAACGAACCCGUCAUCUACAAGAGCCUGGGGCACGGCACAGCCUUGAAGACGGAGAACUCCCUAAACUGGCUGCAAGAUCCGGUGUUCGUGGGCUCGGCGUACAUCGAAGAGAGUCAGCCCACGGGCAACCCAGUGGGUGACGACGACAAGAUUUACUUCUUCUUCAGCGAGGCGGGGAAGGAAUUUGACUUCUUCGACAACACCAUUGUGUCGCGGAUUGCUCGCGUGUGUAAGGGGGACAAGGGAGGCGAGCGGGUGCUCCAGAAGAAGUGGACCACCUUCCUCAAAGCCCAGCUCCUGUGCUCCCUGCCCGACGACGGCUUCCCCUUCAACAUCAUCCAGGACAUGUUCGUCCUGAAGCCAAUGGGGGACGGCUGGGAGAACACCGUCUUCUACGGGGUCUUCACCUCCCAGUGGUAUAAAGGGGCAUCGGGGAGUUCUGCAGUCUGUGCGUUCACCAUGGCCCAGGUGGAGCGGGCGUUCAGCGGUCGCUACCGCGAGGUCAACCGGGAGAGCCAGCAGUGGUACACCUACAACCACCCCCUCCCAGAGCCGCGUCCCGGGGCGUGCGUGACCAGCCGCGCCAGGCAGGCCGGGAUCCAGUCGUCCCUGCACAUGCCCGACAAGGUGCUCAACUUCGUCAAGGACCACUUCCUCAUGGACAGCGUGAUCCGCAGCCCGCCACUGCUGCUCAAGCGCAACGUGCGCUACACACAGAUCGCUGUGCACAAGAUCCAGGGCAUGGAGCGGGCCUAUGACGUCCUCUUCAUUGGAACAGACGAUGGCAAGCUUCACAAGGCGAUCAACACCAACGACCGGAUGCACAUCAUCGAGGAGAUGACCCUGUUCGCCACGCCACAGCCAGUCCAGCACAUAGAGCUGGACCCCCAGAGGGGAUUGUUGUUUGUGUCGUCGUACUCCGGGUUGGUGGAGGUCCCGGUGGCUAACUGCACCAACUACGCCAGCUGUGGGGAAUGUGUCCUCUCCAGGGACCCCUACUGUGCCUGGACAGGCCGGCUGUGUCGCGACGUCAGGAUGGCGCCGCCCGACAGCCACUGGCAGCAGGACGUGGAGGAGGCGGACACCUCGGCCAUCUGCAACAAGACUUCUCACACGCCCCGGUCCCCCUUUAAAGCACCAGCCUCCCGGGUCUCCGCCUGCCAGUUGAUGACCAUCCCCAUGAACACGUUCAGAGUGCUGCCCUGCGUCCUGCGCUCCAACCUGGCGACCCGCCGGUGGCACUACAGCGCCAGCGCCAAAGAGUUCCUCUACGCCACGCCCGAGGGCCACCUGGUGGUAGUGGCGCAGCCCGACCGGACGGAGACCUACGAGUGCUGGUCCGAGGAGGAGGGCUUCCGGCAGCUGCUGGCCAAUUACUGCGUGAGGGCGGAGCCCCGGCAGGAGAGCACCACGCUGGUCGGUCACUCGCGCACGCCGCACGUGGAGAGGGAGGAGAGUAUCCUCAUCCUGCCAGGCGAGUCGCGCUCCACGCAGUUCCACGCCAAGACCUACUGGAACGAGCUGAUCGUGGUGUGCGCCCUGCUGGCCUUCUCCCUCCUGGUCUUCUCCUUGUUUGUGGCGUACCGGAACCGCGACCGCAUGAAGUCCAUGCUGAAGCAGGGCGAGUGCCCCAACAUGCAGCAGAAGAAGCCCCGCAUCGUGGGCAAGCCCACGGAGAGCCUGCCGCUGAACGGCAGCGCCAUCCCCGUGUCCACCUCGGACCACAAGGGCUACCAGACGCUCAACGACAACUACAUCUGCAGCACGCCCACCCACGAGUCCUCCCCCGACAACAGCAAGAGCUUCUCGGAGGCCUCGGACCGGAGGCCCCUCAACGUGAAGGAGAGCCACGUGGAGUACUCUCCCACCUGCCCGCGACCCAGAGUACGGCUGGGCUCAGAGAUCAAGGACUCCAUUGUGUGAGGGUGAGCUCGGAGGGGAACAGGAGCUGUGUGCCGUAUCUCUGUCAGGGUGCAGGCAGCAGCCAGUGGGCGUGCAGAGGAAGCCCCUCCCGAGCCACAAUGCAUCUCAUUCUUAUUUGCGUGUGUCAUCGUUGUUUCUUGAUCACCACAGAGGUCAUCUGCCCCCAUCGUAUCCGCGCCCAAGUUGGCAGUUCGGUCCUGCAUCUUGGGAGCAGUGGGGACUGUUGCACAAACAGGUCACAAACUGUUUUGAUCUUGUUUUUACCAGGAUGAAUCAUCCAUCGAAAAAGAACACGUGCAUAUAUACAAAAAAAUAUCCUAGACAUCCUGACCAGGGGCCGAUCUACACGGGCCAGAAUGUCCAUGCAAAUGUUUCCCAGGAGUCGAGAUCUGGGAGAAGGUCGUUCACUUACACACAAUGACGACGCAACGAUGACAACUGAUGAUCUGUAGAAUAUCGGUUUCCCUUGUUCACUGAAGAGCUGUCGGAUGCCACGAGGACAGACUUCUUUAUCCUGUAUGGAUUUCAAAUCAAAAGAAUGACCAAUCGGAAGAAAGACUAGAAUUGCCACCAAAACGGUUAAGAAGUCCAAAUCUGCAAUAGGUACAAUAAGUAACUUCAUCAGUAAUUUAACAAGAGAUUGGACAAAGAGGCUCUGGUCUUCAGCUAAGUAUUCAUCUAGCCAAGUAUUGAUCAAAGAAGGCAAUACGACUUUUGAUAUGCAAGUUAGGUUUGACCGGAACCCACUCCUUUCGGCGCAAUCGGAAAUGCAUAGAUUUGUUCUAAUGGCGGAGACUAGUGAUGCGCAAAUAACAGAUGGGGAGAGAAUUCAACCGUCCCGAGUCAAGCCAAGAAGAGAGAGCGUUGCUCACUAGUCACCAAAAUAAUCUUGCACAAUGUGCCAAAAAUCUUGAUUGUGUAAUCCAAAUGCAAUAGUGCCAUUAUCACAAGCCCUCUCCAUCGUAUGCCUUAUGUUAGCACUGAUCACAGUCACGAGAAACGCAUGUUGCUGGAGCAAACGUUGGUGCCCAAGAAACAUCUAAAAACGUUAAUAACAUCAACUCAACAGGGAUGACUCUCGUACCCAUUGCUAGUGUAGGAACUAGACGUCUGGAGGACUUAUUCUCUACUUUCCUUCUUUGCCCAUGUGAUACUGGGGGAAGAGCUUCGGCUAUUUUGUGAUCUAGUGAAUUCACAAGUUAGUUAGUUGGUUAGCUAUUUAGGGGGGUAUAGCGUGCUACUCCAAGACCCAAUGGACAUGAUAUCAAAAAUGAAGAUUUCCCCUUUAUACAAAAUGAUUUUCUCGAAGUUUUGACAUUGGUCUUUUAUUUCUUUCUUUUUUCUUUUUUUCUUUCUUACAAACUCUUGGCAACAUAAACUGCAAUGUGGAGGCCUAGACCUGUUUGGUCAUACCCCAGCCCAGAGAAGUUAACGCCUCAUUUGUGGUAGACACAUAUUCUGCUGCCGCUAGGGCGUUGAUUGGCCAUGGUACAAGUGGAAGCACAAGGUUACUGGGGGUGUCAAAAACAUUCAGGUUGUUUGCACAUUUCAAUAAAUAUGAAAACAAGAAAGAUCAGCAAAGCAGGUAUGUAUUCUACAAGAACUGACUACUGAUAGAAGAAAAAUAGUGUUUGACUGAUGCCGAGAAUGAGGUUGAAUUUUUUUUUUUUAAAUAAAAUAUAUAAUAUGACAGGGACCAUUGCCAACUUUUAAAACAAAUUCCAAUCCAUAGAGCAGACUUGGUGUUUAGACUUUUUUUUUCCAAAGAUGUAGGAGAUUGUAUUUAAAGUGUUAUGUAAUUCUAAAGUUGACAGGUUUCAGAGGUCAAUGCAAAUGGCUUGUCUGCGUUCAUGUUGUGGAAUGUAUCACCCAUUCACUGUAUUAGUCCAGUAAGCCCACCGUAUGUACUCCAAACAUCAUAAACAAUCAAUGUGUGUUUGAUCACACCCUUGAAAAUAUGACAGCAAGCUACGUCUGCUCAAUGUUUGACAAAGUAAUUGCACAACAAGCAUACUGCGGUGUCAGUCAGUGUUUCGUUUUGGAUUUGCUUUCCUUCAUUUGUUUUUUUUGUGUAUAUAACUGUAGGUAAUAUUGUGUGCGUUUUUAAGGGACCUUGUGCAAGAUGUAUUAUAGAGGUAGUUUUACAAUCUAGAAACGUGCACACUGCUGAUUUAUUUUAUAGUGCCUCAUUGCCUAACCCCAACAUUAAUUCCCCCACUUUUCAACAUUUUACUUCAAGCUUGUCAAAUUGGCAGUGAGAUAUAUGAUAUCAAACAUUGGAUUUGGCCCAAUAACCCUUGUUAGACCUUCUGCCCACCAAGCGAGCACUAGGGGCAAACAAUGAUAGUAGUGGAAGUCAUCUUGUUCAUUUUUUUAAAUAACAAAAAAUAUACAGGUUCACAUUUCAUCAGGCUAUAGUGGUUGAAUCCGUUUUUUCUUCAAAUAGACACAUAAUUAGAAAAAUUGACCAUUUGUCCAAUUAAUGGCAAAUAUAUAAACAAACAUAUGUAAGAACGCAAAACUAAAACUAAAUUGUACUUCAGAUCUCAGAUAAAUUGUUUUGCUUUGAAAAUCCUAAAUGAUCAAUUAACUCCUUCACCACUACAUUAGAACUUUGGGCUAGAUAUGUGUAUUUUCAGAACCAUAAGGUCUACACACAUACAAACAGACCACUCUCUUAUGUCCCCCACAGUUGACAACAGAAUUCAAACCUGUACCUCAAAUGAAGAAUGUCUUGUAUUUAAAAGAUUCAAGAUUCAAUAUAUUGCUGACGAAUCUGGCCUUGUAUUUUUAUUUUGUGAUACAAUAUAGCUGUCUUUUUUUUUUUUUUACAGAUGUGCAUAUUUAUUUGCGACACAUGCUUUUCUUCAUAGAAGCAGAGAGUAAUGAUAUACUA